CUUUUUGGACAACCCCCAGCCAAUGAGAAAGUUGUGGUAUUUGGAAUCUUGGGAAGGAUCCAGUUGCAAACCGUGACUAACCGUGACUAUCAUAACCUUUAGCUCACUUUUACUCCGGCGUUCGGCCAUCGCAGGAAUAAACGCACCGGUGCAGGCUUGGCACAAGACAAAGAGGCUACUCGGAGAGGGUAUGUAACACAAAACCAAUGAGGGUGGCAAGAUUAAGAAGUAGAUAAGCUCAGAUAAGCUCACAAUCAAGAAAUAGAUAAAGUUGAGCACCAACUACUAGCAGCUACCGGUACCUGGUAGCUAGAUCUUAUAAGGCUCUACCUUUCAGCCAUGACAACUCCAUCCGACCAGAAAGAAGACAGCAAGCCACAGGAUGACACCUGCACAGAGACAAAGCUACAAGAGGAGAAUUACCCUGAUGAAGAUGGCAUUAUUCCUGAGGAAGGUGCGAUGGUGGUGGCCAUGGGUCGUCAUGUGGUCCCUGCUGGAGUCGCGGUGGAAGAACUCAAGAACUACGCUGGUGAAAAGGAUUUGAAGAAUCUCUGUCCCGAUUCCGUCCUUGACAUGUUGACCCACAAGAAUUUGUUGCAUGUCUACGCCAAGUUCGUCGACUCUGUCGUGGCAGAUCGCAGUACCCGAGGACCACUGGGCAAGUGGAAGGAUGCUCAAUUCAUUUCUGUGAUCGAUCUAUUUCGGGAUGACUUUGCCAAGCAGGGUGUCAAGGUGGCCCUCUGUAAACGAUGCUCUGGAAGUGGGACCUUUCGUUGGUUGGAGUUCAUUGAUCGAAUGGUGGCCAGUGAUUAUGUCCCUCAAUUUGAUGUGGCCAAUCGUUCCGGACAAGUCAUCACGACCGUCAAAUAUCGGCUCAAAUUCCCUAAUGGCGUGGCCGUGGAGGAACUCAAACAAAUCUUUGGGCGCAAACAGUUAAAAGAGAAAAUUCCCGUUCAUGUGGAGAAAAUGUUGCAAGACCACAAUCUGAUGGAGGAAUAUCAUCAGUUGGUGGAUCAUUGCAUCAAGGAGGGAAGUGUCAACUUACGGUGGAAUGUUGACAAACUCAGAGAGAUUAUGGCAACACAUCAACCCAUGUUUGCCAAAAAGGGUGUGGAUAUCUUUGUCAGUCACAAGGAUGAAUAUGUCUUUGACUUAUUUGGUGGGCAGACCUAUUACUAUCGGUGGAUUGAAUUUGUGGAUCGCAAGAAACAACCCAACUAUCGCCCUCAGCGUGCUGCAGAGUCCAAUGUUUGAAUCAAAGUGUGUGUCAUCUCCUGAGUACCCAUCUUCUGGAUCACUGUUACAUCACCAUCCACUGCUGCCUGACACCGGAUGUGGUUUCGGAGGAAAUACAUACAAGUGCACUUCUCCCUACACGGCCUUGGAGUGGCAAAAACAUAAUAAUUACCGUAGACCUCAUGCCAGAAACGCUAGCUGUUGGUCCACGGGUUGGUACCAAAAUAAGCAAACUGGCUCAGUAGACGUGGCCGGCCGGUAGAUGAAUAUGUACAGUAAUACCAGUAGAUCAACCCCGUCGCAGC